AAGUUAGUCAAGUAACCAUCAAUUGGCAUCGUGCGAUACAUUCAGCUCACGAGUGCUUGUCUGCCGUCCGUUCUGAAAUGCACCCGCGAGUGCAUACGCCCACCUUGACAGCGAGAAAGAGAGCACACCCCCUCAGCUGGGCCCGAGCGGUGAUUGUGUGAUCUGUUGUAGCGUCGAAGCAGCUCUAACCUGUCUUCGUUCGUUGCAAGAGAUCAUUUGCCAAGCAGCCAUGGCGAAUCCAGGCGCCUUGCAGCUGGCGGACUGCGUGAGUUGGUCGCAAAAGUAUCCCAACUCUACCAGCGUGUGUUUGAACAAGUUUCACGAGUUCACUGCGUUCUCGCUGGGCUACAUCUGCUCCCUUGCAGCAGUUCCUUUCGGGAGGGGAAGCAGGGGUGCCGCAUUUACUAACAGGCAGAAAAUUGCCCAGGCGUCAUGGCUCAUGAUAGUGAUCGCGCUUUUCUUGGGGUUGAUGAGGCGGCGGGCGUUUCGAUACACGCAGAAGUCCACGGCGCAGAUUCUCUGGGAGCCUCUGGCAUUCUUCGCAAAGCUGCUCGCCAUUGCAUUCGCACCUCUCUUUGGCAUCCUUGUGGGGGACAUUGACCCGAACAGCAACCUGCUGGAAGUGUUGGUUUGGAUUCUACCGGGCCUCUUGUUCCACCGCUACAGUCCUGAGAUUAUCGAGGACAACUCCCUAACGGGGAUGCUCAUCAACACAGUCACCUAUGUUCCAGGACUGCUUACAGCAGCAUUCAGUCUUUGGUCGGCGGGUGACUUCUCACUCCUGGCCCCUGAGGAGGUGUGGACAACCAGACACUACUUGCACGAUCAUAGCGCCAGCCUGGCGAUCCGUGUUCUGGCUUCCAUGACGAUUGCUGUGGCGUUCCUUAGGCAGACUUUUGGUGCUUACACCAACCUUGUCUUGGCCACUAAGCGGCAGCAGCUAGAUUAUGACCUGGGUCGAGUGAAUAAGAACAGGCGCCUCAGGAAAGAUAGGAGGAAGCGGCAGGAAGAACGCGACAGAAUAAUGCAGACCCUUUACAACACGAACGGGCUUCCCCGUCUCAGUGUAGACUUGGAUUGGCAUUCCUUCAAGAACCAUGUGGUUCUAGCUACUGUAGAGGCCUUGACGUUUAUACCCAUCGGCGUGUUUGUUAUCUGGACAACAACCUUUGUGAGAGGAGUCAGCUCUUGCUCGCUGAAGGACUCGCAGGCAGCCCCUCCUAGCUUCUUCACAUGCCAAGCACUAGCAUGUAACACACGGGACUUCAGCUGUGACCGCAUUGCACAGGAUACUCCCACUCUGCUGGAGAAGGAGUUUUGCGACUCGCCAUCUUUCAAUGUAGCCAUCUUCACGGGGUAUCUGACUGUCGCAUUCACAGCGGCAUCCUUCCUGUGGCUCUUUGUCCAAGCUUGGGCAGUCUAUCAGAAUCACACUGACGAGAGCCGGCCUGCUUGCAACAAGAGGCUGCCAGAGGAAGUCAGGGGAGAGUUUGUCAACCAGGUUCAGCAUCUUCUGGGGACGUUCCACUCCAGGAGAAGCAUGGGGGCUCACUUCUUCGUGCCGUUCCUUAUAUUGAGUAUCUGGUGGCCCCCGAGGUCGCUGAGAACAGGCGCGAACCACGUUGCAGAUUUGGAAAAUCCAGAUACUUCGGAUGCCACGGACGCGGAUUCUGAGGUUGAACACUCUGACGGAGAGGAUCUGGUAGAAGUCGAGAUGCAGGAAACGAACACGAGUGGAAAGUAGGAGCAAGGGGGCCUAAGUAGUGGGUGAUAUAGUGAUAGACCUAGGGGACUUUAGUGCUACAAACCUACUUUUCUACGGUGUCGGAUAAUGUUUUAGUAGGUGUUUGGCAAUGUGGAACGAGUAGUUCAUGCAUGAUUGUAACAUGCCAUGCAUUGCGUGGGGUUAUAUUUAUGGGCGGCCAGUUAGCGAGCCCAUACUUUCACUUCGUACUAAGCUUCGUCAUAAUCGUAGUAUAGUUAGUAUUGCUAGCUGGCAGAUUGACGUGACGUGUUUAUGGAAGUUGGUACACGUACACUAGUGUCUGAGUCCAUGCACUGCCACCUGGGAUGCAAUCAUUCAGACCGACCAGAUGCCACAUGUAAUGAUCAUGAAGGACAUCCAACUAGGGC